AGAAAAAAGAGUUUAAUCUAUCAAAUAAUCCUAAACUCCCUCAUCCUCACGCCGUCGACCCCCUCCCCUCUCUCUGCUUGGAUUUUCCCCCGGCGGUGACUUAACUGCAAAGACCCACGAAUCAGCGGCGCUUGGACGGUUCCAGCGGUACCGGCAAAAUCCUAUCCACGUGGUGACUGUGUUAUCUUCAUCGGUGCACUCUUCGACGGCGUCUACUUCCGCAACGAUGUGUGGCGGCACAUGCGAAUGCUACACCACCGGCGGUUUCCGGCGACUCCGCGAACACCACAUCCAACUGCUGUAGGUGACCUUGCGUGCCACGGGGACGUGGUUCUCAACGGUGUCGUGAACAAAAACCCAUGAACAAGCGGUGAUGUUGUCAUUGAAGUAAGUCUUCGGUGGUUAUAACACUUGGAUUGGCCUCAAAUCCGAUUACCAAUUACGUUUAGAGUUCAGAUCUACAAGUUUAGACACUUCCGGACGGCAACCAGUGAAGAUCAUAGCCUUUUUGGUUAGGUUCAAGAGGAUCAAAUGAAAGUUCUGAAAGAAGUGAAGUUUGAAGUUCUUGCCCAAGACAUCGAAACAUUUUGUAGGAUUUGAUAGUUUACCUUAUAAAUCUUUUGUAAGAAAUUGUUUCCACCGAACUGUAUCCAGACGGUAAAAAACGUGCGAUUGAGUGCUAUAACCAACUGGAGUGCUCAGGGCCCGUACCACCAUGAUACGGGCAGUGAUAGUGAUGAAUACUCAGGGCAAGCCUCGGUUUGCUAAGUUCUACAAUUUUCAGCCUGUAGAGAAGCAGCAGGAACUCAUUCGCAGCGUCUAUGGAGUACUUUGCAGUCGAGCUGAGAACGUCAGCAAUUUUGUGGAGGCUGAGUCCAUAUUCGGUCCAGACUCGCGUCUUGUUUACAAACACUUUGCAACCCUUUAUUUCGUGCUUGUCUUCAACAGUUCUGAGAAUGAGCUUGCCAUGCUUGACCUGAUACAAGUUUUUGUAGAAACAUUGGACAAGUGCUUCAAAAAUGUAUGCGAGCUUGACUUAGUUUUCAACUACAGCAAGAUGCAUACUAUUUUGGAUGAAAUUAUUUCUGGUGGCCAAGUGCUAGAGACCAGUUCUUCUGGAGUGAUGAAGGCUGUUGAAGAAAUAUCCAAGCUAGAAACAGCCUCAAAUUCUAUCAACUUUGUCUCGAAAACAGUUUCUGGUUGGCGGGGUUGAGUUUGUUGUUUUAAGCGAGCUGGCUACACGAUUCAGAAGGAUUCUUUUGAUGCUAUGCCUUCAAAAUUUUGGUAGAUCUGUUAUUGAUUUUGACUAAUUAAGUGGAUAGGCAAUUCACCAAGCUAUCUGACUCGAGGACAACACAUUUGCAUCGUUAAUCGACAGAUUUCAGAUGCCUGCAGGGUAGAGUCACUUAUCUCGAGCAUGGUUCUUAAUGGUUCUUAAUGGUUCUUAAUGGCCAUGCUCACGAGCAUCUGCUUGAUCUUAUUUUGAAGACUACUUUGCUUCACCUGGAUUUUGAUUCUAUUUACAAUUGAUGAAAUGCAGUUUCUCAAAAUAUAUUGAGACCUGUGUUGCCAGGGUAUGAUCCAGUAGGUCAUAUAUUCCUAGAUCUUUUUAUCUUAAUUCUUAUCGGUAUCCCUUUAAGAUGAUGUCUCUUUAAUUGGGGCACUAUUCUUGGAUUGAAUUUUUUUAGAAUCGAAUGUUUGUUUGGACUUUAUGAACUUUGAUAUUAUAUUAGAUAAAUAUGAUCCAUUUCAAAAUCAAUUGAGAAUGAAAGGAGUAUCUCAUGUUUGUGAGGUC